AUGAGACUUCCCUCAUGGUUUAGGAACAAAUUGAAUAAAAACCAAGAAUCAUUACAAAAAUCCCCAUCUUUAUCACCGUCACCAUUACAACAACAAAAACAACAGCAACGGCCAUCACAACAACGACAACAUAGUUCUACAAGAAUUACAAGGACGAGAUCAAGGACAAGAACUGCUACUGCAGCAAGCCAUUCAAGAUCUAGAUCAGGAACAAGGUCACGAACGAGAACAAGAUCAUUAACAGCUUCUUCAACGGCUGUAGGCUCGUUAUCUGCAGCUGUUGGACCUUUAACAGCCAUUCCAUUACCUAACUAUUCAAAUAUACAGUUACCUCUAUCAUUACCAUUACCAUUCCCGAUGGAAUCCGCCUCAUCAGCCACCACCAAUGUCUACGUUUGUAAUAACUCAAAUAACGUAAGUCCAUAUCAUGAUGAAACUAGAUCGAUGACAUCAAUGAUGGGCUUAGCAUCAAUACAAUCUUCAAAUGAAGAAAAUCUGGCAACAAUUCCUUUGACGUCGGUUGAUCAACUAAUAAUUUCCAAUUUUAAUAACGAUAAUACCAAUAAUAUUGAUGAUAUAGAAGAUGAUGAAGAAGAUGCUUCAAUAUCAAUAAGUUCAAUUGCAGGUUUAAAUAAUAAUACCUUACAUACAAUGAACACUACUGUAACAAUAUCAGAAAAUAAUAAAUUUCAAAUUCGAAGUUUAAAAAGUCAUCAUAAUACGAUACAUACAGGCGGGGGAACAAGUAUUAAAACAAGCCGUUCGCUAAAUAAUAGAUCCGUAAACACAAAUACGAAUGCAUCUACAAAUAAUACCAGUUCGGUUGCGACAACCUGCUUAUCAUCUACUUUUAGCAGCGAUCUUUAUUCGUUACAAUCAACAAGGCCUACUCUCUUUUCUAAUUUUACUUAUGAUACAAUAAAUAAUGAUGCAAGUAUUAUUACAAUCGCAGGCCAGUCAAUAAUUGAACGUGGAAGAAAUGCAAAUAAUUAUACAGCAUCAAUUGGUGGUGGGGGUGGAGGUAAUAGUAGCUCCCUUGGUACUCCAAGUAGAGUUUAUAGAAACAAUAGCAUUACUAGCAGUAUAGCAACUUUACGAUCGUGA